UUUUCAAUGCUUUCUUCGUUGUCACUGGGUUUAAACAGUGAGAACCGAAAUGGCACAUCGAAAGCCAAAAAUAGACGAAAAAAUGGCAGGUACCAUGGCUCACGAUAUCUAUGGACUGACUGAGAUAACUGAAGUGAAAGAAUUGAUAAGUUUUUAUGACAUAAACUUCCAAGUCAAAACACGACCAAACUCAGCUGGCUUGCCCAAUAGAUUUGUUUUGAAAGUCCUCAAUUCCAGUGAUAGCCAACAUCCAGAAUGUAUUUUAGCAGAAGUGGAAGCUAUGGAGUUUCUUAGGAGCAAAGGUUUCCCAUGUCCAAAAGUAUUUCCAGUUUAUAGGGGAAAUGAAUUCAUAGCGACUGUUAAUCUUGAUGAUUCAGAAAUGAAUAAUAUUGAAGCACACGUGGUAAGGUUGAUCAGUUUUCUGGAUGGCACAACUGCCGAUAAAAUAGUUAGGAAUCCGGAUUUGCUUUACACUAUUGGGACAGUUGUUGGAUCAACAAGCAAACAGCUGAAGGAAUUUUCACAUGAAGGAAUAAAGUUGAGAACAUCUCUAGGAUUCAAGUGGAACAUUUUAGAAUUCCUUGACAUUGAAAAGUACAUCAAUUCCUGUAAUGAUAUAGAAGAGAUCAGACUUAUCCGUGAAGUGCAUGCUGCAUUUAUGACAAAAGUGAAACCACAACUUGGACUUUUUCGCUCUGGGACUAUACACAACGACCUUAAUGGUCAGAAUAUCCUGGUCAGCAAUUCCCCUUAUCGUCUUACUGGCAUCAUUGACUUUGGUGACAUGGUGACAUCACUUCUCAUAAGUGAACUCUCAAACUCCAUGGCAUUUUUCAUGGAAGGUGAUUGUGGUGUAGAGUUUAGCGGGUAUCUUCUUGCUGGUUACAAUUCCGUUUUUCCACUCCCAGACGAAGAACGUGAAUUGCUGUAUUAUUUUGUUGCUGCAAGAUUAUGCCAGCUCAUUAUGUAUUCCAACAGUAACCUUGAUCAAGGUACAACUGAGGAAAAUGUCCAAGCUUGUCUGCAAAAGUAUAAUAGGAUACUUGUUGACUUUUGGGGACGUAAGAAACAUGAAGUGGAAGAGAUUUGGAGACUUGCUGAAAUAAAGUCUAGAGCAUUAAAAUGAAUAUUUCCUUGUAGAAAUAGACAUAUUUUAAAAAUGAAUAGCCUGUUUAGUAUAAGCAACUCUUAGGGCUACACAGGCUAAAAAAUAAAAGAUUGACAUAUUUGAAUGUUACUGA